AUGUUGAGAGGCAUAAUUGGAAAAUGGACUUUGGCUUUGACAGUAUUUGCUUUCAGAUAUAUUCCUCAGAAAGCUGUCAAAGGACAAGUCGUAGUAGACUUCCUAGCAGAUCAUCAAGGGGAAAAUAUUGAAAACAUGGACUCUUUGGACAUAGCAAACGCAGAUCUGCUGACUAGAGCUCAUACUUGCCUUAACAAUCCUAUCUAUUCAGUUCACCUCACACCUUGGAAGCUGUACUUCGACGGAUCAAAAACUGAUGUAGCUUCUGGGGCAGGAAUUGUUUUGGAGGAACCGCCAGGGAUCAGACAUUGUUAUUCUUUCCAGUUAGAUUUCCAGUGCACCAACAACAUGGAAAAAUAUGAGGCUUUAAUCUUUGGCCUAGAAAUGCUGGUGGAAAUUUUGGGAGAUUCUAUGCUUGUGUUGAAAUAG